UCGAGUCCGUGGUUUGGAGCGGGGCCCACGCACCUAGUAGCCCCGCAGGGGCCACCUGCGCACCGCUACGCCGCCUAGAUGAGGACGGUACCUGGACCGACCUCCAGCUGCCCGUGACUGGGAACGGCACCCUUGCGCGCAGAAUGUGCAGGUCCUACGUCUUAGAUUGGUGCUCCAGUGGAGGUCCGCUGACUAUGCAGCCAGGGUUGACACCGCGUGACACCUGCCACUUCCAUCGAGACAACUUUCGGCCCGUUGAUCCCCUUGACUAUCCACAUAUGGCUCUGCUGGUGUACGGCGAUAGCUAUUUCAAUGAGGAGGUAGGCUGCCUGGCAUCUCUAAUAUCGCCUACCUUCCUGUUGACCGCCGCGCGGUGCACAACGCUGGGCUGCCUGCCCGUGAAGCGCGCCAUUCUCGGCGUGUUAGGAGGUCGGGGAGCUCUGGGGCGCCACUAUCGUUCUAAGGACCGCCAGGAGGUGGCAAUCGCUGAGGCCGUGCCACACCCCGACUACGUCAGCGACCGGCGCUACAACGACAUCGCUCUACUCCGCCUUACCAAGCCCGUGAAGAUGUCGGCUUUGGUGCGGCCGGUGUGCCUACACACGGCCACACACGGCUCCGAGGUGGGGCGGCGCAUAUCGGCUACCGGGUGGGGGGCCUCCGGCUACUGGCAAGCAGUAGACGGUGAUCUGCUCAUGGCGGAGCUCACGGUGCGUGACGCCGAUGCCUGCAGGGAGGCUGUUGCGGCCGAAGGACUUCCCGGCGGAUUGCACGAUACCCAGCUGUGCACUGGCGGAGUCUGCUCAAACACCACUCACCCGGGUGAACCCGGUGCGCCGCUGCAAUUCCUUGACCGUGUCUUGCAAACGACGCAGGAUGUUUUUCUGCAAGUACAUCGUCUGGUCGGGGUUGCUAGUCUGACUCCACCUUGCGGCCGCUGCCUACCCGACAUCCACUCCAGGGUGUCAGCCUUCGUCCCUUGGAUCGAAAGUGUGGUCUGGCCGGAAGACGAGUCACCUUGAACGGACUUAGUAGUUACAUUGAUCUCUACAUCUUCAUAUUUGUCAAUAUUUACCUAAAAUUGUGAGGGGAUGGGUGGGCUGUCACGCACUCAGCAGCUGUUGCACAACAGGUGUCAAUAACACAAGCAAAGCAGUGGCACAUCGCCAUUGGCAGGUCAGUGAGACUCCAUCAUUAUUAUUGUUAAUGUAGAAGGUAUGUAAAACUCCCCGAAGGCAUAUGGCAAAUUUUCACUGCUGUGUUAGUAGCUCCUAGCCACUUAACUUCUCAUUUGGUUUGGCAUUGGGUUUGUUUAGACACUAGACAUACAUUUUGCCGCAGUGCAUCCAAAAAUUCGCCAUCACGUUUGUGCCAAAUUGCCCACAAAAAUAUUGUACUUUUGUAUCAUCCAUUUAUUGGCUGCGAGACUGGUUGAUGCUCAUUAACAUUCUCUGUCCGGCCACUAACAGGGAAGCGUAGGUGAGCUUGCUCUAAGAUAGCGCCCGAGCCUCCUAUCUCGACUAGAGUCCAGUGAACUCAGAGAGUCUUGGCUCGGCAGCCCCACCCAAUUUCGUCGCGAGUAUUAUUUAAGGGUCAGUUUUCGUUCACCCCGAUUCUCCAAAUAUUACAACGAAAUGUAGUGCUCUGACACUGCAAUGUUCGUGAAUUUUCUGAGGGGUCGUCAACUCCCACAUUCCUUUGUAACCGGCCUGAUAUCACACCGAUAUUAGGUCAAUAUUCCCGCUACCACUGCAUUGCUGGAGCAUGGCAGGAGAGGGAGAGGCUGUUGGGAUUUGCUCGGGCCGAGCAAGAAAGCAACGAUUCACAUGAACAGUCUUUUGCUGUAAAGCUAAAGCAUCGUCUACUUGCUUCACUACAGAGACGUUGAGAGCAAAUGAAACCGUUUGUUGAAGUUCAAUCGAAAUAAAUAAAUAAACAAACAUC